GUUACCAACCAGAUUUUCCCAGUUUGGACAUACUCCUACCUUGCACUCCUUUUCCCAGUCUUCCUGAUUACAGACUAUGUGCGCUACAAGCCCGUCCUCCUCCUCCAGGGCAUCAGCUUCAUCGUCACAUGGCUCUUGCUCCUCUUCGCAGACGGAGUGGCGGCCAUGCAGGUGGUGGAAUUCUUCUACGGGAUGGUGACAGCCGCCGAGGUCGCCUACUACGCCUACAUCUACAGCGUCGUCAGCACCGAUCAUUAUCAGAGAGUGACGAGCUAUUGCAGAAGUAUCACUCUUGUCGCAGCCACUCUUGCCGCCGUGCUGGGACAGCUGCUCGUUUCCUUAGCAGAUGUAUCCUACUUUCACCUUAAUGCCAUUACUCUGGCUUCUGUGUCCCUGGCAUUCGUGUGCUCGUUUUUCCUCCCGAUGCCUCAGAAGAGUAUGUUCUUCCACAGGAAAGAUGCCUCAGAAACUCCCCCAGGACCAGAUAAAGCUGUGGCUACACUCAGCUCCGACCAGCCAUCGAGCUGCCAAGAGGACAAGAGCUCUGUAUCUGCUGACAGGCGACCAACACCUGAACAGCAGGUCAACAAUGCCAAGCCCCAGAAUCACAUGCUCAGAGUACUGGUGCAGCUGAGUAAGGACCUGAGGGAUUGCUACAGCUCCAGGAAACUUCUGUACUGGUCCCUGUGGUGGGCUCUGGCUACAGCAGGCUUUAACCAGGUCCUGAAUUACAUCCAAGUGCUGUGGGACUUCAGAGCCCCCUCUCACAGCUCUGCAGUGUACAACGGAGCUGUUGAAGCAAUAGCC